AUGCCCAUACAAUUACUUAACAUUUACCAAUUAGCUACUGGCCUGGAAUACAUUCACAAACAGGGACUGAUCCACCGUGAUCUCAAGCCGGAAAACGUUCUAAUUAAAGAAACUUUGAUGAAAUGGGCUGAUUUCGGACUGAGUAAACAAGUGAAUGAAAGAGGAACUUGUUCUAUGAGUGGAAUCAAGGGGACAGAGAAAUGGUUAGCCCCAGAGAUAUUGAAACUGCUCGACGACAAGCGAGAUGAAAUAACGCAACGGGGAACAAUCCAAAGUGAUGUGUUUUCGGAAGGCCUUGUCUUUGGAUAUUAUCUGUCAAAUGGUCUUCAUCCGUUCGGUUCUCGUGAUAAAAUUCACUCUAACAUACUUAAAAACAAACUAAUUAAUCUGGAUAAAUGUCAACCAUGUGCGUAUGACAUAAUCAAGAGAAUGUUAGAAGGAAAGCCGGAAGAUCGAAUCAAUUCAUCAGAUGUCGCUGAACUAAUUUACGAAAAGCUUGUGACACAAAAACAGUUUAUGGACUUAUGUUCGAGUGAUACUUAUCCUAGUAUAAAGGAUAUCAAAUACUUUCUGGAAAAAAGUGUGGAUGUCAACUUUGUCUAUCCUGAAGGAUGGACUCCCCUUUUAUAUCUGGCACAAGCAAAAAAGGAUGGCGAUAACAAUUUGGUUGAAAUAGUGCGGCACUUCAUAAAGAAUGGAGUUAACCUUAGUCACACUUUGGCCGACAUGAGAUCAAAUGUCUUGCAUUUAUUUUGUCGAAAUUAUAAAAAAGACAAUUUAAUAGACAUAAUUCGACUUCUGAUCGAACACGAAAUUGACAUCAAUUGCCUUGAGUGCUACGGAGAUAAUGCUCUAACUUUAUUAUGAGGACAUUAUAAAGAAGAAAAUUUAAUUGAAAUCGUCACAUUUUUAAUUCAAAACGGAAUCGACGUCAAUUGCAAGCCCAUAUGCGGAUGGAAUUCUUUAAUUUCAUUGUGUCAAAAUUAUCAAAAAGAAAAUUUGAUUGAAAUAAUUCGACUUUUAAUUCAACACGGAAUUGACAUCAAUUGCAUAAACAACUACGGAUCGAAUGCU